AGAUACAACAGUAGAAGUUACAGCAUUAGAAGAUACAACAGUAGAAGUUACAACAGUAGAAGUUACAACAGUAGAAGAUACAAGAGUAGAAGAUACAACAGUAGAAGUUACAACAGUAGAAGUUACAACAGUAGAAGUUACAACAGUAGAAGAUACAACAGUAGAAGUUACAACAUUAGAAGUUACAGCAUUAGAAGAUACAACAGUAGAAGUUACAACAGUAGAAGUUACAACAGUAGAAGAUACAACAGUAGAAGUUACAGCAUUAGAAGAUACAACAGUAGAAGUUACAACAGUAGAAGUUACAACAGUAGAAGAUACAAGAGUAGAAGAUACAACAGUAGAAGUUACAACAGUAGAAGUUACAACAGUAGAAGUUACAACAGCAGACAUUACAACAGUAGAAGUUACAACAGUAGAAGUUACAACAGUAGAAGUUACAACAGUAGAAGUUACAACAGUAGAAGAUACAACAGUAGAAGUUACAACAGUAGAAGAUACAACAGUAGAAGUUACAACAGUAGAAGAUACAACAGUAGAAGAUACAACAGUAGAAGUUACAACAGUAGAAGUUACGAUUUGAAGACGAAGAACCUAAUUAAAUAAAUACCAUGGAUAUUGAUGAUAGUAUAUAUGCCAAUCAAAGACCCGUCGUGCCCCGCAGGAAGGAUGGAGCGGGUGAUCAACAUUCAGUGUCUUGUCAGUGUUGGAAGAGAUACUCUGGAGCAGCUGCAGUGUGUCUGGGGCUGCUGUGUGUUCUCCUACUGGCUGGGAUCACAGGCCUGUUACUCUACCAGAGAAACCAGUUGACCAGCUCCAACACCCUGACCAAAGAGAGGGACCAGCUACAGACAAGCGACAACAACCUGACUGCAGAGAGAGUCCAGCUACAGACUAGCAACAACACCCUGACCAAAGAUGAAGACCAGCUACAGACCAGAUACAACACCCUGACCAAAGAGAGAGACCAGCUACAGAAAGAGAUAAAACGUCUGAAACAAUCUACAGUUGAGAAAGUGUGUCCUCAAGGAUGGAAGAAGCUUGGUAGCAGUUGUUACUACGUCUCUACUAAGUACAAAUCCUGGAAGGAGAGCAGACAGGACUGCAGAGACAGAGGAGCAGACCUGGUGGUCAUCAAGAGCCAAGAACAACAGAUAUUUGUCAAUUGGUUAUGCGGAGUAAAGAAAUAUGUCUGGAUUGGUCUGACUGACUCUGUUACUGAGAGGACCUGGAAAUGGGUGGACGACACACGACUGACCACAACGUAUUGGUACAGUGGAGAGCCUAAUGGUGGAAGAGCUGAGAACUGUGUGUAUUUCUACUCCUGGUCAUCAGACACAGGAGAAUGGUGGGACUAUUACUGUUACUAUAAAUACAGAUGGAUCUGUGAGAAAUAGGA